AAAAAAAUAGACUUCAUUACAUUCUUUUAAUAUAAUAAUAAUAAGUCGAUAAAUUCUAACCAUACGAAAAAAUAUGGCUAAACUAAGCUCUAAUGUUACUGCGCUAUUCAUUGUUGUAGCUUUGAUGUGUGCGUUUGUUCCUGUACUUUCUGUCAAAGAAGCUGAAGCAAAAUCAUUAUGGGACACUUGUCUAGUUAAAAUCACUCCUAAGUGUGCAUUGAAUAUAAUCGCUGUUGUUUUUGGAAAUGGAACCCUCAUUGAGUCUUGUUGUCACGAUCUUGUCCAAGAAGGAAAAGUAUGUCACGAUAAUCUCAUUAAAUAUAUUGCUGACAGACCAAGCUUAAUUGGCCGUGAAACACAAUACUUGAAGAAGAGGGAUGAUGUGUGGACUCAUUCUGUCUCAAUCUCUAAAACUGCUUAAAAUAUGUGUGUUUUUAAAUAUUAAUUUGAUCGAAUAUAUCGAUAUUUGAUUGUUCUAACAUUUUUGUUUCCGGAAAAUUAAUUUUUAUGUAUUUACUUUAAUACAAAAUAAAUUAAAG